GCGGCGGCGGCGGGCAGCGCGUGCGCGGGUGACGGGCGCGCGCGGCGAAGUUGUCUGCGGGACGCGGUCGGCGCUCGCUCGCUUGCUGCGGGGCUGAGGGGGCCGCGGCCGCCCGAACCGCCCCCUCCCUCUCCCUGAGCUCUCUCUCUGCAGGACGGGCACCGGCGCUUCUCCACCGCCUCGCCGGCCGCAGAACUGUGAGGCCAAGUCUGGUAUGAUACCAUGGAAGGGCAGCACAACCAUCCACAUCAUCUAGGGGACCAGAACAACCCUCUUUGCAAGCUGCCAGGGCAGGAAUACCAGCAUGAUCCUCAGAGACAUUUAACAUCAUAUCCAUAUCGCUGCACGCUGGCCGAUUUUCAGAUAGAGAAAAAGAUUGGACGAGGGCAGUUCAGCGAAGUUUACAAAGCUACUUGUCUUCUGGACAGAAAACCUGUGGCAUUAAAGAAGGUUCAGAUUUUUGAAAUGAUGGAUGCCAAGGCUAGGCAAGAUUGCAUUAAAGAAAUUGACCUCUUGAAGCAACUGAACCACCCCAAUAUAAUUAAGUACUUGGACUCUUUUAUUGAAGACAAUGAGCUUAACAUUGUCCUGGAACUGGCUGAUGCUGGUGACCUCUCUCAGAUGAUUAAGUAUUUUAAAAAGCAGAAACGGUUAAUCCCGGAAAGGACGGUGUGGAAAUAUUUUGUGCAGUUAUGCAGUGCAGUGGAACACAUGCACUCCCGCAGGGUGAUGCACAGAGACAUAAAACCAGCCAACGUGUUUAUAACAGCCACAGGGGUGGUGAAGCUGGGAGAUCUUGGAUUAGGCCGGUUUUUUAGUUCUAAAACCACUGCAGCACAUUCCUUAGUGGGAACUCCAUACUAUAUGUCCCCAGAAAGAAUACAUGAAAACGGCUAUAACUUUAAAUCUGAUAUCUGGUCUUUGGGCUGUUUAUUGUAUGAGAUGGCAGCUCUUCAGAGUCCUUUCUAUGGAGAUAAAAUGAACCUGUUUUCCCUCUGCCAAAAAAUAGAGCAAUGUGACUACCCACCUCUUCCAGCAGAACAUUAUUCUGAAAAGCUGCGGGAGCUGGUCAGCAUGUGCAUAUACCCCGACCCCGAUCAAAGACCUGACAUUGGUUACGUGCACCAAAUAGCAAAACAAAUGCACGUCUGGACCUCCAGCACAUGAGGCCUCCGCGCUCCAAGCCAGCACAGCUCAGUCUUACUUGAAUUUUUUUUCUCAGAUGAAACCGACUGGUGCCUAGUCACAAGAGCGAGAGGGUUGAGCACUCGUAGCAAGAUGCUCUAUUAUUUCUGCAGGUUAUUUGACAAGGACUCUUACAAGGUGGUCAUGCUUUAACGUGAAGAUUCUGUGAGGUAUUGCAAGUGAUUCUUUUAUUAUUAUUAUUAUUUUUUUAAAGCCAAUAACAUGUUACAGAUGUAGAUCAUUUAAGGGUCCUUUCUUAAAACUGUCGUGUGUAAUCUAGGAUAGAUGAUAUUAACAGGGGUGCCAGAGCUCUGACACACCCCUUCUAUCUUAACUGUAAUGUGAAAUAUUGAAAUAAUUCCUUCAGUGAAAUCACUUUAUACUAAUGUAAGAAUUACAGUAGGUUUUGUGUCAUUUGUAUAACUGCUACUUUGCCUCUUCUGCAAAUGGUUAAUAGCAAAUCCAGUUUCUACUUCGUAUAUUUUAAAGCAGUCAUUUCUGUGUUUGUGUUAAUUCCCUCCUCUUCGGAUUAGGAACU